AUGUACUGGCCCACUGCAUGCGCAGAAAGGCUCCAUCUCUCCCCCUCAGGACUUCACCGCCCCGAUCACUUCCUGCACUUCGAUAAAGAUGCGGCACAACAGCUACCUGCGGGCGAAGGACUCGAUGGCGCCGACGAGCAAAUCGUCCAGCUCGCCCGCUCCCGCAACGGCAUGAUGUGGGCUUCCCUCAGCACCACCGCAAUUUCGAUUUGGUCCUCACGCCCUGCCCAGGUCGUCGCCGCCCUCGUCCGCACACCGCAGAGCAUCGCCGACUACGGCAACAACACCCGCAUCGAAUGGCGUCCCGAUGGAAGGGCGCUCCUAGUUCAAACGGACUUAAACUUUCUUCUCCUUUACAACAUCGUAUAUCGGCAUCAAGGCUCCUCCAUCUACAGCUACAUCCCGCCGUCUGGUUCUGGCGCCCGCUCGCUAUCCGGAGAACUACUGGCGCCCAAUCCAAAUGCACUGCGACACUCCUUCGCACCUGGCGCCGGUGAAAGUGCGGCUGCUGGCGACUUAGGCCUUGGCGGUCUGGCAGGUGAAGCGUGCGAGCUCCGCUUUCGUCUUGUUCUCCGUAUCGACGCCGGUCUGCGCUUCGCAACGUCGACAGAAACGCACAUGCUUGUCAGCACCACAUCGCCACCUGCCGUUCAGUGCAUCAGAUGGCCGAAUGAUGACCCCAAUGCUCCACCGCCCGACUUUGAUGAUCCUUUGAUACGCACUCGCACCGCCUUGGCCUCCCAGCUGCCCUGGCUCACAUCCGAAACGAAAACAAGCUCAGAGUCGAGCGCGAAGUCUCACCAGGUACAGAUCCGUCAUGUCACCUAUUCGCGACCCAUGGACGUCUUUGUUUGGAUCACCUCCGACGGUAGAGCUUACAUUGCCAAUCUCGAUCUGCUUGCCCAGAACCAACCGCCAUGGACGGGACGUUGCUUCCAUGGUACACCUAAGCACCGCAAAAGGCAGUCUUCCACUAUCGAGCGCACUUCCGACUCGGCUGCACCGCCUACAUCAGAUCCUGCAAAUGACGAAGCACCCAUGAAUGGAAGCAAUGAGCACGAAAAAGACGGUUCGACCGCGCCGUCUGCAGGCGACUCGAGCACUGAAGCCACGCACGACCAGGUCAAUGGCCAUUCAUCCCAUCCCAACAUCACAGAAGCAGAAACAACCGUCGACGAGUCUAAUCUGCCAACGGUCUUGGACCUACUACCGGAGCAGCAUGCCAUAAGCGUGUCAAUCAACGCCAAGUUCAGCCUCAUCGCCGUUGGUCUCGCAGACGGUACCGUCGCUGUGUACAAUUAUCGCACACCUGGACGAACGCCAUUGCUCUCCCACACUCUCUCAGUGCGGCAAGCGCUCAAGUCCACAGCGAGCUACCUCACCUCGGGCCCGGUUUGCUCGCUAGCCUGGACCAGCGACGGCUACGCGAUCGCUGUCGGUUGGGAAAAGGGCUUGUCCAUCUGGUCCACCUAUGGCAAGCUCAUGGGGUGCACUCUCCGUGAAGAUUGGGAGCUCGCCUCGAAAAACUUCUCUGAUGCCUUCAUGUUUGGCAGCCGUGACCUCUUCUGGGGACCAGGCAACACCGAGCUUUUCAUCCUAGCUCUUCCCAAGCAAGGCGCGCCGCCAUUACGACCCAACAAUCAGCUCUUUGUUUUGCCCUUCUCCAAAUCGGCGGUUGCAGGCCAGCACUCACCUGACAACACCCGCUUCGCUUUCUAUCAGACUGACGAUAGUGUCCACGUUUAUCGUGGUGCUGACCAGACCGACCUCACCGCGAUCACACCGGAAAGCGACUUGUGGCAGCACAUCAAGAUUCCGCAGUCGUAUUUGGCCGCCAACUGGCCUGUACGCUAUGCGGCGAUUAGUUCCGACGGCAAUCUCAUCGCGGUGGCCGGGCGUCGUGGGCUUGCCCACUACUCGAGCAGCUCGGGGCGAUGGAAGCUGCACAAGAGCAUUGCACAGGAGCAGUCGUUCGUGGUACGUGGUGGCAUGCAGUGGUUCCAGCACGUGCUGAUUGCUGCUUGCGAUUCGGGGGGAGAGUUUCAGCUGCGUCUGUAUUCGCGCGACACGGACCUGGAUUCAUCUCAUCUGCUCGAUCUGCAGGUCCUGCCGAGUCCUGUCAUCCUCACCUCGCUCUUUGACAACAGUCUUCUGGUGUAUACGGCGGACAAUACGUUCUAUCACUUCCUGAUCGAUCUUUCGCAGGAUCGUAUCCGCCUUCGCCUCUGUGGCUCCAUCACGUUCGAAGGCAUCGUCGGUGAGCCUGCCAGGGUGCGAGGCAUGAGCUGGAUGAUUCCGGAGAGCCAGCAGCGCUUUGGCGAUCCCAUCGACGAUCUCGCCGUAGCAACUAUCAUCUUUCUCAUCGACGGCAAGCUGGUGUUGCUGAGACCAAGGAAGGUUGGUGGAGGUUCGCGGCUCGACUCGUCGCAAAACCCGCUCGAGGACUUCGACGAUCCGCGUCACGAGCAGGACGGUGAUGACGAUGAUGACGAAGUCGCCUACGACAUGCAGAUCCUGUCAGACAAAAUUGAAUACUACUGGACGCAUUUACAGGGCAUUGGGACGUUGGAAAACUCGCUGUGGGGCUACGAUGGCAGCGGCAUCAAGCUUUGGCUUGACGCUCUUCGCAUUCCUUCGUCCGAGGCAGAGGACUCGCUUCGGUCCGACGACGAGGAUGAUGAACUCGACCUUACGCCUGAGUACAAGACGAUCGAAUCGUCGGUCUCGAUGCCGCUCGAUUUUUAUCCGCUCUGCGUGCUGUUGGAGAAAGGCAUUGUGCUAGGCGUCGAGUCAGAGGUAUCGUUGCGGCGGUCUUUGGAUUUCGCAAUUUGGCGCACGGGGACCAACACGCAUCUGUUUUUGCAUCAGGUUCUUCGCAACUACCUCGAGAAGGGGCUCAUCGAGGAAGCCGUGUUUUUCGCAGCGUCGUAUCAGGACCUGGUGUACUUUGCGCAUGCGCUCGAGAUCCUACUCCAUGCGGUGCUGGAGGAUGAAGCCGAUGCAGGACUGGGAGAUGCGCUGUACGCUCGUAAAGGUUCUGGCAGCGUUUUGCAGAAAGAGCGGAGUGCUAACUCGCUGUUGGCUGACGUCGCCGAGGAAGAGCGAGACGGCGUGGACGAGGAAACGCAUGCGACAGCGCCGACACGUUUGCGGAACGGUAAGCACCUCGAGCUGCCACAGAGCCGGCGAGGCUCCAGUGGGUCGUCGGCGGCGCCUCGUGCGAUCCUCCCACUAGUUGUGGAGUUCUUGGAUCACUUUCCGGAGGCGCUCGAGGUCGUGGUCGGAUGUGCGCGAAAGACCGAGGUUGCUCGCUGGGCGUAUUUGUUCGAUGUGGUCGGCGCACCCCGUGUCCUCUUCCAAAAAUGCAUCCAGGCAGACCAGUUGCGCACGGCGGGGAUGUAUCUGUUGGUGCUGCACAACCUCGAGCCGCUCGAAGUGUCGAUUGCGCAUACGAUCCAGCUGCUCAAGUUGGCGGCGCAGAAGGAGGACUGGUCUACGUGUCAGGAUCUGUUGCGGUUCUUGGCGAGCAUUGAUCCGGCGGGUGGGGCAUUGAGGUUGGCGGUGGACGAGGCGGGGAUUUUGGGUGGUGCGGAGAGGGAAGGAGGGGGGAAUGGCAUAGUCGAGGUGGAGGUGCAGACACCGCCGAGGCUAUUGCGUGCGAUUUCAGCACCGGUGAGUUCGACGCCAACGAAGCUGGAUACGAUGGAAGAGGAGGAGGAGGGAGAGGAGGAGGAGGCGGGGGCCAGGAGCGGUAGUUUUAAUACAUCUGGUGACGAGUCUGGAACGGCUGACCAGUUUCCGCGUCCUCCGCUGGCCGCCAGAUCGAAAUCGGCCACCCUCGCCAACCUACCGACACGCAACAUCCCGGAUGUGAUCAUCAACGGGCAGUCGCUCACGCCCAGUCUCGCCGCGAUGGGCAUCGGAGCGGGCGCGCCUAAGCGGCAGUACGCGCACGGCAUCGGCAUGAGUCUCAGCCGCGUUGGUCUGCGCAGCUCCGACCGGCUGUGGGACAAGAACACGAACGGCGCCGAGGGUGAGAGUCCGACGUCGCCGAGGGGGAGUUUUGGGGUGGUGAGGGGGGUGCAGGCGGAUGAUGUGGAUGAAGGGGUGGAUGCGAGGCUGGGUGAGUAG